AUGCACACAGCCUUCAUCCAAGGCCAAUACCAACAAGUCAUCGACUUCGACACAUCAAUCUUCAGCGCCCCCAACCAACCCUCCGCCCAAAUCCUCAAAUACCGCGCCCAGCUCGCCCUCCGCGAUUACUCUUCCGUCGCUUCUGCCAUUUCCUCUUCAGACGCUUCUUCCAACCCUUCGCUGGCCGCCGUUAAGGCUUACGCUUCAUAUGCCUCCUCGGGCUUUACAUCUGAAGCCGCUGUGUCGCAGGCGGAAUCUCUGUCGCAAACCCACAGCGAGGAUUUGACUGUGCAAUUGCUGUGUGGCGCUGUUCUCGCCCGCGCCGACAAAACCGACGAAGCCCUCGCCCUGCUAAGCCAACACCAAGGCUCCCUCGACGCCGUGGCCAUGGCAACCCAAAUCCACCUAUCGCAAAACCGCACCGAUCUCGCUGCCAAAGAAGCCAAAUCCGCACGCGCGUUUGCGCAAGACGCUCUGCUUGUCAACCUCGCCGAAUCCUGGAUCUCAAUGCGCGAAGGCGGGGAUGCGAAAUACCAACAGGCGUUUUAUGUAUUUGAGGAGCUUGCGCAGGCGCCCGGGUCAUCGGCUGUGGUGUCGUUGGUUGCGCAGGCGGUGUCCGAGUUGCAUUUGGGCAGGUAUCCAGAGGCCGAGACGGCUUUGCAGCAGGCCUUGGAUGCGGAGCCUGAGAAUGUGGUUGCGUUGGCUAAUGCAGUGGUUUUGUUUACUGCUCAGGGAGAUGUCGAGAGAGCUGCUGAGAUGAAGAGCAGACUCCAAAAGUGCAAGGGUGGUGAAGGGACGGAGCUUCUGCAAGGUCUGGCUGCUAAGAAGGAGGCUUUCGAUGCUGCAUGUGAGAGAUACCAGCCCAAGUUUGAGCCUUAA